AUGCAGACAACGAAAGCUCACAACACUUCCCCGUUUCACCAGGCCGCCACUUUCAAGUCGAUCCGAUCCGUCGUCCCCUUGCUCGACCGAGUCUUGGUUCAGCGAUUCAAGCCCGAGACCAAAACCGCCUCGGGUCUCUUCAUUCCCUCAUCCUCCACGUCGUCCACCAUGCCCGAAGCUACCGUCAUCGCCGUCGGUCCCGGUGCUCCUUCACCCAAGACCGGCGAGGUCGUGCCCGUCAACGUGAAAGCUGGAGACAGGGUCUUGUUGCCCGGUUGGGGUGGGAGCAGCAUCAAGGUCGGCGAUGAGGAAUACUACAUGUUCAAGGACUCGGAGAUCCUCGCAAAGAUCGACGAACCUUCUUCCUAA